AUGGAACUUAAAGAUGAUGUUCCAGAGUCGGUCAUGGUGAUGAUUCUGGCGAGACUACCAAUCAGGUCUAUUUCGAGAUUCAAAUCAGUGUGUAGCAAGUGGAAACAGCUCUUCGAAUCUUCCUAUUUCCGUAAUCUCUACCGAUCCUUGAACAAGAGGAAUUUUUCCUCUCCAUGGUCGUAUCUAAGCAGCCGCUCAAAAGGUCGUGUGAUCGAAUAUUUUGGAGAGAGAUGGGGACUUACCAAGUCACUAGGUACUUCUCUCUCACGUUUACUCGAUCACAUGAAAGAAGGAACUAGAGUCGUGGACAUCACGGAAGGGUUGGUGUUGCUUGCUGAGGAAGGCAAAGACAAACGCGACUCGUUCUUGAUUGGUAAUCCUGUGUUGCAACAAUGGAUCAAAAUCCCUUCACCUCCACUGGUAGAAGCUCGUCUCUCUGGAGCAGCACUGGUAACACACACGAGCAGCGAUGAUGAUCUUUUGAGUUACAAGGUGGUUCGGUUUGAGCGAGAAAGUUGUAUGAAGCAGUCUCACCACUUUCAGGUUUUUUCGUCUGAGACUGGGAAUUGGACCUACCAGUCAUUAAUAUGUCAUGAUUUCUAUCCUAAGACCAGCCAAGAGGCUCACAAACUUACUCGUGCUAUAGAGUUACCUACUUACAACAACAACGACCGCACGACGAGUGAAAAAUCCUGCGCAGUCUCAUGCGGAUCUCUCGUGUUCUUGUCUGAUAACGCAAAACAACUGAGGGUUUGGAGGCUGAAGAAUCACAGAACCGAUCCUUCAUGGGAAAUUUUGUGGAACGUUACAACUUAUGACAGAGAUCUAUUUGGCUCCAUAAGAUGUACGAUGCCAAUGAUGAUGCACCCUUUCGAUAUCGAGGUCACGUACCUUGUGGGCUACAGAUAUGACCAAGCAGGAAAAUGCCAUAAUUAUCUAAUCUCAGGUAAUUUGCGCACUGAUAAGUUCCAACUGCAUGAAGAAUUCAAGAGAUACGAUGAGUACGACUUUUUGCAGUUUUCUUUGAAUAAAAAAGAAGGCAGAACUGAUGGCAAGAGCUCCCGCAAAACUGGCUUGUGCCAGUUCGUGCUUCCACAGAGACUCGGCUCCAUUCCAUGUCCACCUGGUUGCUCUCUGGUUACAGCUUCAGCUAUAACGGUCUAA